AUGCCCCCUGGGGUGUACAGACACCCCAGCUGUGGGGCCCCACACCCUGCAUGCGCAUGCAGCACUUUGGGGCUUUCUAGCAGCAGCAGCAGCAGCAGCAGCAGCAGCCACCCAGCAGCAAUUAACACUUUGACGCAAGUGGCAGAGUAUACUUUGGGGGCCCUUCUCAGCAGCAGCAGCAGCCCCGCUGCUGCUGCUGGCGCUGCAGCAGCACAGGCCCACGAGCCCUGCAGCAGCAGCAGCAGCAGCAGCAGCAGCAGCAGCAGCGGUGGUAGUGGCAGCAGAAGAAGGAAGAGGAACAGCAGCAGAAACAAAAGCAAAGCCAGCAGCAGCAGCAGCAGGAGAAGGGGACCCAGCGCUGCUGUUGAGAAUUCGCCUCAACAGCAGCAGCAGCAGCAGCAGCAGCAGCAGGCAGCCGCUGCUGCGGUGGUGGAGGGCGGCGGCUGCAGCGCGCAGCAGCGGCUGCAGCUGCUGCUGCUGCAGCAGCAGCAGCUGCUGCUGACCUGCAAGUGCCUGGCGGAGCUAACUGGCCUUGUGUCUCUGGACAGCAGCGCAGCAAAAAGGCUAGUUGAGCUUUUGCUGCGGCUGCUGCAGCAAGAAGACCGUGCUGCGAUCCAGCAGCAGCAGCAGCUGCUGCAGCAGCAGCUGCAGCCGGGGGAGCGGGAGGCGCUCCCGGCGGCCAGCUGGCAGCAGCAGCAGCUGCUGCUGCUGCAGGCUGCUGCUGCUGCUGCACUCGCUUUUGCUGCUGAAAGAUGGCCUUCUUUGGAAACUAAAUUAAUUAAUCAAAAGAGACAUUUGGAGACAGUUCAUAACUUCCAUUUGCUGUGGGUGCAGCAGCACCAGAGAGUGUGUGGGGGCCGCGGGCCAGCAGCAGCGCUGCAGCAGCCGCAGCAGCAGCUGCAGCAGCGCCGGCUGCUGCAGCUGCGCCAGCUGCUGCUCGGCCACAGUCCCCACGAGCAGCAGCAGCAGCAGCAGCAGCAGCAGCAGGUCCAGGAGCAGCAGUGCAGAGAGGUGCAGCACCGGCUCAGGCAAAUUCGGAGAAUUCUUAACAGGCAGCAGCAGCAGGAGCAGCAGCAGCAGCAGCAGCAGCAGCAGGCAGAGGGGAGGGCAAACCCGCACUGCACCGCGCUGCUGCUGCAGCUGCAGCGACAUUUGCAGCAGCACCUGCAGCAGCACCUGCAGCAGCACCUGCAGCAGCAGCAACGCCAUCCGCUGCAUCUCCUGCUUCAAGAUAUUCAGCAACAGCAGCAGCAGCAGCAGCAACAGCAGCAGCGAAACUACAGCCACACAGAACUGUACUUUGAUCCACAGCUGCAGCAGCAGCAGCAGCAGCGCUCCCACCACCUUCCUCAGCCCCGUCUCCGUGAUCAGGAGCAGCAGCAGCAGCAGCAUCUCCACAACACUCAAGAGCAGCAGCAGCAGCAGCAGCUGCAGCAGCUGCAGCAGCGUCGUACGCGUAGCCAUCAUGAGCGCCAGCAGCAGCAGCAGCAGCAGCAGCAUCACCAUAUUGUGCAUCACAAUCGUGAGCACCAGCGCCAGCAGCAGCAGCGGCGCCAGCAGCAGCAGCAGCAGCAGCAGCAGCAGCAGCAGCAGCAGCAGCAGCAGCAGCAGAUGGAGCCGUGGCCGAGUGCAGACUGUCCACUGCAUGCGCUGGAAAUGGUGGCCGUGGGCAGCAGGCUGUGUCGCUCUGUGUCUUCAUACUUCCGUUUGCUGCUGCAGCAGCAGCAGCAGCAGCAGCAGCAGCAGCAAAUGGAGGAGCCCCUCAGCAGGUCCCAAAGAGCCCUCGUGCUGCUGCUGGACAGAAUGCAUGGCAACAUCUCCGUCAUCCACACAGAGCUGCAGCAGCAGCAGCAGCAGCAGCAGCAAAGUUUGCUGCAGCUGUCAGCAGCAGCUCCCAGAAGGCAGCUAGUGGUCCAUUUGCUGUGGAAUGUUGCUGCUGACUUAGCAGCUCUCUGGGUCUGCCCCGAGCAUCAGCAGCAGCAGCAGCAGCUGCUGCUGCUGCAGUGGCGGGAGCAGCACCAGUGGCAGUGGCAGCAGCAGCAGCGCGAGCAGCAGCAGCAGCGGCUCCGGUAUGCUGCAGCACAAGCAGCAGCAAGGGCCCCACACCUGCCUGAGCUGGUAAUUUCUCUUAUGGCAGCAGCACUUAAGGAGGCUAAGACUUUCAGGAAGCAGCAGCAGCAGCAGCAGCGGCAGCAGCAAAAGCGCAAGCGGCAGCAGCAGCAGCAGCUGCUGCUGCAGCAGCAACAAGAACAACUCAGGCAAGAAUACCAGCAACUGCAGCAGGAAAGUCUGCAGCUGCAGCAACUCAAAGACAACCUUAAGCUGCUGCUGCAGACUCAACAUGCACGCCAACAAGAGAGGCAGCAGCAGCAGCAGCAACAGCAACAACAGGAGCAGCAGCAACAGCAGCAACAGCAGCAACAGCAGCAACAGCAGCAAGCGCAGCAGCUGCAGCGGCGACGGGGUAGAGAGAGCGCACAGGAAUAUCGCAAGAAACGAACUCUUGAGAGGAGACAGCAGCAGCAGCAGCAGCAGCAGCAGCAGCAGCAGCAGCAGAAACAAAAGCAGCAGCAGCAGCAAGAACAGAAAGCCACAGAUACGAAGCAGGGGCGGCAGCCUUGCAAGCGCCUCAAGUGCACGCGGGACUUGCAGCAGCAGCUGCAGCAGCGACCCCAGCAGCAGCAGAAGCAGCAGCAGCAGCAGCAGGAACAGCAGCAGUCGCCGCUGCUGAUGGACCUCCAGGAGGAGGGAGUUCAGUUGCGGCAGCAGCAGCAGCAGCAGCAGCAGCAGCAGCAGGAACAGCAGCAGCCCCUGCAGCAGCAGCUGCGACGCGGCGCGGCUGCGAACCCAAGCUAUGAGCAGCCCCAACCCCAACCCCAGCAGCAGCAGCAGCAGCAGCAGCAGCAGCAGCAGCAGCAGCAGCAGCAGCAGCAGCAGCAGACUUUGCUGCUGCCGGUGCAGCGGCGCAGUGGCCGCGUGCCCCGCCACCCCUACGGGCGUCCAGACACUUCAAAUUUGCUGCUGCUGAAUUCCAUAAAUGCAACAGCAGCAGAUGUCCUCGCCCCCGGGCUGCAGAUACUCAGUACGCUGCUGCUGCUGCUGCUGCUGCUGCUGCUGCUGCUGCUGCUGCUGCUGCUGCUGCUGCUGCUUCUGCUGCUGCUGCUGCUGCUGCGGGUGCUGUAG